CCCGUCGCCGAUACCAUGGAAGCGGCGGUGGAAGCAGAAGUGGAAAAUGAGGACGGCGACAGCAGCUGCGGGGAUGUGUGCUUCAUGGACAAAGGCCUGCAGAGCAUAUCAGAAUUAUCUUUAAAUUCAACCCUUCAUGCCAUCAAUCUGCAUUGCAAUAACAUCUCCAAGAUCACAGCCAUUGAUCAUAUUUGGAAUUUACGACAUUUAGAUCUGUCAUCUAAUCAAAUAAGUCAAAUUGAAGGACUAAACACACUGACAAAACUAUCUACUUUAAACUUGUCCUGCAAUUUGAUCACAAGAAUAGAAGGACUUGAAGCACUAAUUAAUCUGACUAGACUGAACUUAUCUUAUAACCACAUAAAUGAUCUUAGUGGGUUGAUGCCCCUUCAUGGACUGAAAUACAAACUUAGAUAUAUUGACCUACAUAGUAAUUGUAUAGAUAGUAUCCAUCACUUACUUCAGUGUACGGUAGGAUUGCACUUCUUGACCAAUCUUAUUUUAGAGAAGGAUGGAGAGGGUAAUCCUGUCUGUCAUGCACCAGGGUACAGAGCAAUUAUUCUCCAAACUUUGCCACAGCUGAGAAUUUUAGAUUGCAAGAACAUAUUUGGUGAACCAGUAAAUUUGGAAGAAAUAAAUACAUCACGCCUGCAGUGCUUAGAAGGUCUUUUGGAUAAUUUAGUUUCUCCUGAUUCUCCCCUAAAUAUAAGUGAAGAUGAGGUCAUUGAUAAUAUGCCAGUGAUAGCACCACCUGUCGACGACGAUGUAUUACCUCCCUUGGAGCAGUUUGCAAGUACACCAACAGAUACUGUUUUGACGUCAUUUUUAUCUGUAUGUCCAUCCUCUGAGCCAGAAAAAAUUAAUCAUGAAAAUGAUUUUCAGAAUGAAAUGAAACUAAAGAAGUUAGAUGGUCAAAUUUUACAGCUUCUCGAUGAAACUUCAAAUUCUUUAAUAGAUAAUGUUCCUGAGAAAGACCUCAGACCAAAAAGAGACACAGAUAUAACUUCUGAAAGUGACUAUGGAAACAGAAAAGAAUGCAAUAAAAAAGUUCCUAGAAGAUCAAAAGUUCCAUAUUAUGCCAGAACUAUUCAAACUAUUAAGCACCACAAUAAAAACAACAACACUUUUUUAAGUUGUAAUCGUAAAAUGAAACAACCUUACUUUAAAGAUCUGUAUGUAAGAUCAUCUUUAGCAAACUGCAAUAUAUUACCAGAAUUAGAAGAACAGAAGACUGGAAUAAUUAAAGUAGACAAAAGCGGCUCAGAUGACAACACUUACCGGUCCCUUGUUGAACAACUAGACCAAGAGAGAGAGAUGAGAUGGAAAGCCGAACAAGCUGAAAAGAAACUCAUGGAUUAUAUUGAUGAACUGCAUAAACAAGCGAGUGAAAAAAAAGAUGUUCAUAGCCUGGCUCUACUUACCACAGACAGACUAAAGGACAUUAUUUUUAGAGAGAGAAAUUCCAAGGUACAACUUGAAGUUAUGGUUCACAGACUUCAAAAUGAAAUUAAAAAACUAACUGUUGAAUUAAUGAAAGCAAGAGAUCAACAAGAGGAUCACAUUAGACACUUAAGAACCCUGGAAAAAGCAUUAGAAAAAAUGGAGAGACAAAAAGGGCAGCAGCAGUUGGCACAGAUGAGACUUAUCCAAGAGGCAGAACUCAAAGCUUCAGCUGCUGAUAGAGAAAUAAGCUUACUUCAAACUUCCCUGCACCAAGAAAAGGAACAAGUGCAACAGCUUCAUCAGCUUCUGGCAUUGAAAGAACAGGAACACAGGAAGGAACUUGAAACAAAGGAGUUUUUUAGUGAUGCUGAGUUCCAGGAUGCCUUAGCUAAGGAAAUAGCCAAAGAAGAGAGAAAGCAUGAGGAAGAAAUAAAAGAAUACCAAGAAAAGAUUGAUGUAUUAAACCAACAGUAUUUGGAUUUGGAAAAUGAAUUUCGCAUUGCUUUAACUGUUGAAGCCAGAAGAUUUAGAGAUGUUAAAGAUGGUUUUGAAAAUGUUGCAACUGAGUUAGCCAAGAGCAAACAUGCUCUUAUUUGGGCUCAACGAAAAGAAAAUGAAUCUUCCUCUUUAAUUAAAGAUCUGACCUGUAUGGUGAAGGAACAAAAAACAAAACUUGCAGAAGUUUCCAAAUUGAAACAGGAAACAGCAGCAAAUUUACAGAAUAAAAUCAACACUCUUGAAAUUUUGAUUGAAGAUGACAAGCAGAAGAGUAUUCAAAUAGAACUCCUCAAGCAUGAAAAAAUCCAGCUUAUUUCCGAGCUAGCAGCAAAGGAAUCACUGAUUUAUGGUUAGACAGAAAGAAAAGUAUGGGGACAUGAACUGGCAAAACAGGGGUCAUCCCUAGCCCAAAAUCGUGGAAAAUUAGAGGCCCAAAUUGAAAGUUUAUGUAGAGAGAAUGAAUCUCUGAAAAAAGCAACUGAAAAUGAUAAGGAUACAUUAAGAGUAAAGAGUAAAAUCAUGGAAGACCAAACUGAAACAAUUAAAAAUUAAAAAUGUUUACAAGAAAAAGAUGAACAAAUCAAAAUGUUACAAGAAAAGAUCACUGAAGUAGAAAAAUGUGCUCAACAACAACUUGAGGAAAAGUCUUUACAACUGGAUAAUGUAAUGGAGAAAUUGGAAAGGCACAAUGAAAGAAAGGAAAAACUGAAACAGCAGCUGAAAUCAAAGGAAGUAGAACUUGAGGAAAUUAGAAAAGCCUACAGUACACUUAAUCAGAAAUGGCAUGAUAAAGGAGAACUUCUAUGUCAUCUUGAAACACAAGUAAAAGAAGUGAAAGAAAAAUUUGAAACCAAGGAAAGAAAACUUAAAGCAGAAAGAGACAAAAGUAUUGAACUACAAAAGGAUGCAAUGGAAAAGCUUCUUACUAUGGAUAAUGCCUUUAAAAAACAAGUUGAUGCAAUUGUUGAAGCUCAUCAAGCUGAAAUGAUACAACUGUCAAGUGAAAAGCAGAAAUGUAUUGAUUGUGCAAAUUUAAAGGUUCAUCGAGUUGAAGAGGAAAUGCGUGAACUUCUUGAAGAAACAUCUAAGAACAAAAAAGUAAUGGAAGAAAAAAUUAAACAACUUGCUUAUGCUCUAAAAGAUGUUCAGCAAGAAGUGUGAUGGUUCUGCAAAUGGAUUUAAUUGAAACGGAC